AUGCAGCAGCAGCACCAGCAGCCCCCGCCGCACCGUCACGCCAAGACGGACUCGGAGGUGACGUCGAGCAUGGCGGCGUCGUCGCCGCCGCGGGCAGCCUACUACGUGCAGUCGCCGAGCCACGACGACGGCGACAACAAGACGGCCGCGUCCUCCUUCCACUCCUCCCCGGCGGCGUCCCCGCCGAGGUCGCUGGGCCGGGCGUCCAGGGACUCCUCCUCCUCCCGCUUCUCCGCCAGCGCCAAGAGCGCCGGGGCCGGCGCCGGCCCGGGAGGCGUCGCCGUCCCCGGCGGGGGGCGGCGCCGCAGCAGCCCGUGGAAGAAGGAGGCGGCCAUCGAGGAGGAGGACCUCCUCGGCAUGGACGACGACGAAGACGACGACGCCGCCCACGGCGGGCUCAGCGGGAUCCCCAAGCGGGUGCGCUACGCGCUCGGCUUCGUGGGGGCCUUCUUCGGGCUCUUCUUCUUCUUCGCGCUCAUCCUGUGGGGCGCCAGCCGCAACCAGCGGCCCGUCGUCACCCUGCGCGCCGUCACGUUCCACCGCUUCGUCGUGCAGGCCGGCACCGACGCGUCGCUCGUGCCCACCGAGAUGGCCUCGCUCAACGCCACCGUCACCCUCGUCUUCCGCAACACCGGCACCUUCUUCGGCGUCCACGUCUCCGCCGACCCCGUCACGCUCUACUACACACAGCUCCAGCUCGCGUCCGGCAAUAUAAAGUACUUCUACCAGUCUCGGAAGAGCCAGCGCAGCCUGACGGUGGCGGUGGUCGGCGACAAGGUGCCCCUGUACGGCGGCGGGUCGGGGCUGAGCAGCACCCCGACGACGCUGCCGCCGCCCAAGAAGCGCGCGCCGCCGGUGGUGGUGCCACCGCCGCCCGUGGCGCUGCAGCUCACGGUGCGGCUGCGGUCGCGCGCCUUCGUGCUGGGGAGGCUGGUGAAGCCCAAGUUCUACAGCGAGGCCCGCUGCAGCGUCACCAUGGACCAGACCAAGCUCGGCAAGCCCGUCUCCCUCAACAACAAGGCCUGCACCUACACCCACUAG